UUAUUAUUUGUUGUUUUAAACGAAUAAUGUUUUAGAUGAUUUUACUGAAAUAAUUUAGUUAUUAAAUAUAAAUUAAUUAAAUGUUCAUAAAAAUAAAUAUUAAAUAAAUAAUAAUUAUAAUUAUUUAAAUUUAAAAGGAAUACAAUUAAAUGAAAAUAAAUAUUUAAUUCAUUUUUAGUAGUAUUAUUAAAAAUUACUAAAGAAUAUAAAAUAAGUAAACACAACAAAAUGGAAAUUUUGAAACAGUUUAUUUUCUUUUCUCUAUUUUUACAAAUAUCUAGUGGAACCUUAUUUUCGUUACCAAAUUCUUGUGUCAAGGAAACGAAUGACCAGACGCUGGAAAAUCAAACCCUGUCAAAAUGCACCAAUCUCCUAGAGGAUUCCAAUCACCAUAUUCACAAUCAUCUAACAAUGCUCUACAGCAUUUACGAUUUAAAAUAUUCCCAAAUCAUCCUAAUCGUAUCGUCCAACAUUAGAGACGCAAUUUCCCUAGGAAGAUUCCUCUCAAGCAACAAUCUAAAACAACGAAAAAAAAAUCGUCAAAACAUUUCCAAUGAUCAACUUGCCACUUACGAUUUCAUCCUAAACAAUAUUCAUCUCUACGAAAAUCCAUCGAAGAAUCAAACAAUUUUCGUUUAUCCUCAAGAAACUGGUGACAACGAUUUAGCUGAGAUUCUAGCAUUGCAUAUCGUAAAGGCAGCAAAAAGUAUGAAGAUUAUCCUAACGACGAAUAUUUUAUCAGGGGGGAAUAAAAAUAACAUUCUGGGAACGUUUAAAAUUGCAGCAAAGUUUUUAAGAUAUCCGCGAAGUUAUGAAUACAGUAUUACGUAUUUUUUAACCGUAAAUGAUAAAUCCAAGGGGCAAUUUGAUAGUUCAAGUAACGACGUUCUAAAAACCCCGAGAAUCACCAAACAGGAAUUCAUUGAAAUUAUUCAGAACUAUUUGAAAAUUUUCCAAGAGAACGAAAAAAUCCUGGUAAAAUUCAUACUGAAUAGAGAGAGAAAUAUUAUUUUCACCGACUUUACGAAAAUUGAGUACGAAAAGAUUUUUCAACAUCUGAACACCUUGGGCCAAGCGACAGUGAAUCAUUACGAUUUUCAAAAUGUACAAAUACUUCAUCUUGAUUGUCUUAAUAAUUUAGCUAACGAUCAAUUGACCAUUGCGUUAAAUUCACUAAAAUCGACAUUAAUUUUAAACCUCCAGGACAAAACGAACCAAUCAAGAACACUUACGGGAAUAUUCGCAAAAUCGACGAAAUUGAACCAAACCUUUGGGAGUCUAACGGAAUUUUUCGAGUGCACCAAGAGCACAAAUGUCGAACCACUAAAGCAGUGUUUUGAAAAAUUAAGUAAAGAUUUCCAGCAAAUAGAAAUUGGAACAAAGGACAUUGCGUCAGCAAAUUAUUACUUGUCCCUAUUUUGUGAAGUUCAGCAAGCAUCUUUUAUAACGUUACCAGAAGUUGAAUAUUUACUUGAUUCCAGUAAGUGGACUGAGGAUUUAAGAAAUUUUCAUACUACGAUUCUCCGGAGGACGAAUGAUUGGUAUCGGAAAUUAAUCUCGAUAUACAAUGGUGUUCAGGAAGUGUCAGAAGAAGAUACUAAUAGAGAUUUAAAAAAUCAGUUGAAUAAUCUAAAAGAGGAUCCGAUCACAUUUCAUGAUGUAAAUACUGCUAAAAUUGCUCACGAAACAAUAAAAACGAAUUCAGUGAGAAUGAUGGCGAAUUAUACGUAUCAACGAAUUGAUAGUGAAAUGAAAUUACAAGUCAAGGGGAAAUUUUUAUUACUCAGUAAAAUUAUGAGCAGUAAUUGGUUUAGGAAGAGUUUUAAAAUAUUGGAAAUUUUUGCUUUGGAGAAAAUAAUUAUUGAUGAGGACUUAAUUGGCAGAGUGGAUGGUCUGGAUGUUUUUAUAUUCGCGCCUAUUUGGGAAAUUGUGGAUAGUAGACAAAUUACAUUGGAUGGCAUUCCUGGAGAGCAAAUUAGGGGCAAUUUGAAUCCGAAAGCCAGAAACGGAAACCAGGUUACAAAUCCGAAUGGACUAAACGGAAAGGCAGGUGUAUCGGGUGGCGCUGCAGGGACAUUCUUUGGAUUCGCCGAGACAAUCAUCAACGCACAGAAUCUGAAGAUAUCUCUAAAUGGUGGUAAUGGUUCAGAUGGACAAGAUGGUGGUGACGCUGCAAAUGGCGAUGAUGGAGAAACCCCAAGUACCUAUUUUAUUCAGGAAAAUUUAAAUCGUCACCGUUGCUCUUGGCCAGUGAGCAAUCCAUUCAUUUAUCAAAUCGGAAAACCUGAAGGGGAGAAAUAUUACGUUCCACUAAUUGGUACCUUGAUACCGCUUAAAUACAAACAGGAGUGCUACAUUUUUGGUUUAGACGGCUAUCCGGGUGGACAUGGGGGUCAAGGUGGUGUUAGCGGAAAGGGAGGAAAGGCUGGAAUUUACAAACUUUAUCCAUUUGACGAUUCCACAACAUUUGGAGUAAAUUUAUCGCUGGCGAAUGGUACAGACGGUAAAGGCGGUUUGGGUGGCUCUGCCGGUAAGGGAGGUCACACCUGGAAGGUAACAUUUCACAAUUACAACUAUUUUGAUUAUUCGGUGACUAAAAAUGAAACCUACAAUCGUGCCAUGGAUGGUAAUGAGGGAAGCGGGAAUAGCAGCAUCAUCGGGUUGAAAUUAAUUCCCCAUCGUCCGAUUCUACAGACGUAUGGCCAGACCGCAAAUCUCUACAAGCGGUACAUCUUGUCUGAAAUUGGCCAAAAUGGAAAUAAGUUUAUGAAACUUUACAAAAAAGUUAUCAAUAACGAACACAUUCUGAAGGAGUACGAUACACUGACACUUGUUGAUGAACUAAUCGAUUUAGAGCAGCACUACUACAAGAUGGACAAUAAGACCACCACCCUCUAUCUCUAUCAGUCCUGGAAGAAAAGAUUGAUUCACUAUUCGAAAAAUCGUAAAACAAAUGAGAUGAGUGAUGAAUACAGUGAAGUGUUACGUACCCUCCAGAGUACAGUGACAAAAAAGGUGAAACGUCUAUUCCAAAAUUCACAAAACUUUCUGAUAUUCAAGUUGGCUGAUUAUCUCCAGGAGACACAGCAACAGGUACAACAUCUACACAACGCGAAAACUGUUGUCGUCAUCAAGAAUAUGAAUAAAAAAUACACGGACGAGUAUGAUGACAAAAUUGAAGAAGCCCAGCGAAUAAUUCAAGACGAUCUGCAAAUGAAUCUAACCCAACAUAAUGAGGAGCUAUCCGGAGAAAUGGAAAUUCUUCUUCGACGAAUAGCUCAAUUGGCAAACAUCGAAGCCCAACGUGCCGCAGAACUGGUCAGAAGAUCAUCAUCGAUGCAAGAGAAGGCAAUAAUCAAGACAUUCAAUGAAAUCUUCACUAUUCUGAAUACAGCCCUAGGAAUAAUAAAUCCCGCCCUAGCGACAAUUGGCACAAAAAUUAGUGCCGCUGGUUCAAUUGUCCAAAACUUUCUCGACGACACAAUGGACACAAACAUCGACAUAAUGAUUCCAAACAUGGUAGACAAAUCAAAAAAAUUCUUCAACAACUGGAUCGACAUGAAACGCGAAUUCCAAAGGUUGACCAUCGACGAGAACCUUGAGAUCGUGGAGAAGAAUCGUCGUCAACUAGUCUCAAAGGGUAAAAAUGUCGAACCACUCGAAAAAAUCGAGAAAACCUUCAAGGACCUAAAGACCCAAAUGAAUGACAAGUCAUUCGACGUCAUCGCGAACCUAAAUCAACAACUCGAAACCGAAUCCAGUGCUUGGCAACAAAAGAAUAAGAAUCCAAAGAAAACCUUCACGGAAUCAUUGAAAGUUAUCAAUCACCUAAAAACCUACACCAGACUAAAGCAAAUGUUAGGCGACGUUUUGAGUAAGUGUCAAGAUCUCAAGAAUCCAAAAAAGAUCGACGGCAUCAGCGACCAAAUCGAGAAGGCUUUCAUCAAAACCCGAGAACUACGGAAUUUCAAGGAAGAAGUCCUUGAGGGUAUGCUCCCCCUCCUGAUGAAAAUCCACGAACACACGACAGCCGAAAACUUCCAUUCAUCAUCAGUGGCAUUUUUAGACUUUAAGAAAUUCCAAAUGGAACAAUAUUUCCAGAAUGUCUUCCAGCAAAUCGAUUACUUUGCUAGAGAAUUCAAACUGUCGUCCUACUUUGAUAAGACAUUGAAAAAAAUGCAAACCGUCGUCAAUAUGAUAAUCGGUACCUACACAAGAAUCGAGGAAUACGUCCAAACAAUGAAGAACGCAAAUUACGAAACCGAUCUCUACUUAUCCCCCUUCGACAUCACCUACGUUAAAGAUCCAAAAUUAAGCAUCUCAUUGGCAAAAAUGAUUCAACAAUCAUUCGCCAACAUUGUUCUUGACGACUACACCAAAUGGAUGGCAAGUUUCAAUCAAUACAUUUUCCCCUUUGCCGAUGAAUUCCUCGGUGUUUACGAUUCAUCAAUACCCGCUGUCGAUGAUCUAAUUGUCCGCGCCCAAGACGCUGGCGAACGUCUUGAAAUCUACGGUUCGAAAAUAAAUAAAAAACGUGCCGAAUUACGUGAAUUUGAAAAUACCGUCUCAACAAUAUUCGGCUAUAGUUUACCACCAUUUCACACAUGGUGCACAAGUGAAUAUCAAAAUGAAAUUAAUAAAUUUUUAUCGGGUAGAAAAAUAACACUUCACGCAAAUAUAACGGAACAUAAAAAUUUAAAUUCCGUUAAAUUUAGCGAUAUUUGGAUACGAUUGAGUAGUAAUAAUAAUGUCGACGAUAAGGAAAUGAAUCGUCAAUUGAAAAAUGACUUAAAAGGUUUUGCAUUCACAUUAGAACAUCAUGGUGAUUCACAUUAUCGUUGUGAUGAGAGAAUAUUUCUUAUUAAUUCGAAAAGACAUCGUGCUGAAAAAAUAUUUAAUGACGAAAAAUUAGAAUACUACGAUGAUAACAAUAAUUUAAUCUUAAAAAUGAUACCGGCGGAGAAAAUUAAGAAUGAUUAUAUAUUGAGUCCAUAUGCAACGUGGUCAUUGCAAAUUAUAAGUCGUGAUGUCGAUAAAAAUUAUACAAAUUUAGAAAAAUAUAAGACAAAAAUUAAUAUUGAAUUAGUUGGAUUUGGACAGUAUAGCGAUUUAAAUUUAAGUGUCUGCCAAACGGAUUUAAGGAAAUAUUACAAAAACGAAUUGUAAUUAAUUGUAUGCAUCGAUUUAUCGUUCAUUUAUUGAUUUAUCGACUACUAAUCGAUUACUCGACUAUUAAUCGAUCUAUCGACCCUUAAUCGAUUCAUCCACUAUUAAACGAUCUAUCGACUAUUCAUCGGUUUAUCGAUUAUUUAUUGUCAUAUCGACUAAGUAUCGAUUUAUAAACUAUUAAUCGAUAUAUCGACUUUUAAUCGAUUUAUCGAGUAUAUAUAGAUUUUUUGUCUACUAAUCGAUCAAACGACUAUUAUUAAUCGAUUCAUCGACGACUAAUUGAUUCAUCAACUAUUAAUCAAUUUAUCGACUUUUAUCGAUUAAUCGAAAAUAUAUUGAUUUAUCGACUACUAAUCGAUCGAACAUUUAUUAUUGAUCUAUUGAUUGUGAAUCGAUUUUUUUGUCAACUAAUCGAUUUAUCGUUUACUAAUCGAUGAAUAAAACGACUAAUUAUCGAUUUAUCGAAUAAUUAUUUAUUUAUCGAUUAUUUAUCGAUUUAUCGACUAUUAAUUGAUUGAUCUACUGUCUCGG